GAGCAAAUAUCUUAUCCAAACACCAAACUCUCCAUUAUGACCAACCAAAUUAAACACUCAAUAAUUCCACUUCCACUUGUGCCAAAAUCAGUUGUUUUGCUUCUUUUCUUAACAAUCCUUUGUAAAACAAGUGCCAUUAACAUUGAAACUGAGGCUCUGUUGAAAUGGAAAGCAAGUUUGGGAAAGCAAUCAAUUCUAGACACAUGGGAGAUUCUUCCAUCAAACUCAUCAAGCUCCUCCUCCAAAGCUUCAAAUCCAUGUCAAUGGACGGGAAUUACUUGCAACAGUGCAAGCAGUGUCACACAUAUCAAUUUGAUAAACACUGCUUUGAAUGGUACUCUUCAAACCUUCAGCUUCUCUUCAUUUCCCAACCUUCUUUGCUUGAAUCUCAACUCGAAUAAUUUUAAUGGAUCCAUUCCACCCUCCCUUGGACUUCUCAAUAAGCUCGAAUUUCUUGAUCUCUCCACGAACUCCCUCACUGGUACUCUCCCUUCUUCUCUUGCUAAUCUCACUCACCUCUACCAUCUUGACGUCUCCAAUAAUUACAUCACCGGAGGCUUGCAUCCGAGCUUCUUUCCAACUGAAAAUUCAAAAUUUGGCCUGAGAAGUAUGGAGAAGUUCAUUAUGCAAAGCACCAUGAUUGGAGGGGAGCUUACCGAGGAGAUAGGAAAUAUGAAGUCUCUAAGCAUCAUAGCUUUCGAUGACUGUAAAUUCUACGGCCUAAUUCCUAAAGCUAUAGGAAACUUGAGAAAUUUAACUGUACUUCGUCUCAAUGGUAAUGGUAAUUUCAGUGGUGAAAUUCCUGAAGGUAUUGGAAAAUUGACAAAAUUAUUUGAUCUAAGGCUGUUUGGUAACAAGUUAAGUGGGCCAUUGCCUCAAGACUUGGGAAUUUCUUCACCUUUGGUCGAUGUUCAUAUUUUUGAGAACAACUUUACGGGUCCUUUGCCCCCAGGUUUGUGCACCCAUGGCCAGCUUGUUAACUUCGCUGCAUUUACCAACUCUUUUACAGGUCCGAUUCCUAGCUUCAAAAAUUGCUCAGAGUUGCGUAGGCUUCGCUUAGAACACAAUCAAUUAACAGGUAAUCUGGAUGAAGCUUUUGGUGUUUAUCCAAAUUUAACUUACAUUGACUUGAGUGACAAUAAACUGACUGGAAACCUCUCUCCAAAUUGGGGGAAAUGCAAGAGUUUGACCAAGUUGAGCAUCGCCACCAACAUGGUUACUGGUGAAAUUCCAAAAGAAAUUACUCAAUUAAAGAAUUUAGAAGCCCUUGAUCUCUCCUUCAACAAUUUCUCUGGACUGAUACCGGAGAAUAUCGGAGAUUUAUCGUCGUUAUCGUCUCUACAGUUGCAAGGGAACCGCCAACUAUCUGGAAACAUACCACUGGAUAUCGGUAACCUUUCGAAUCUCGAAUCGCUCGAUCUGUCGAUGAACAAGAUUGAAGGUUCGAUCCCUAAGCAAAUUGGAGAUUGCUCAAGGCUUCGAAAUCUAAGCUUGAGUACGAACCGGUUGAAUGGUUCGAUCCCAUAUGAGAUAGGGAAUAUCUUAUCCUUGCAUGAUUUGUUGGAUUUGAGUAACAAUUCGUUGGUUGGGGAAAUUCCUUCAUCACUUGGGAAGUUGAUGCAUUUAGAGAGAUUGAGUUUGUCUCAUAAUCAUCUUUCUGGUGAAAUCCCUAAUUCCUUAAAGGAUAUGAUGGGAUUAGUGAGUAUAAAUCUUUCAUUCAACAAUUUAAGUGGAUCUCUUCCUUCUGGUGGUGCCUUUGACAAAGCUCAGCUACAAGAUUUUGUUAACAACACAGAUUUAUGUGGAAAUAUUGAGGGCAUGCAAAAAUGUUAUGUUUCCAUGGCAGAAUCCAAAAAUAAAAGAUGGCAGAAUCUGGUGAUUAUUCUUGUUCCAACUAUAGUAAGUACAUUAGUAUUCUCUCUAAUACUAUUCGGGGUCAUUUCAUGGUUCCGACGAGAUAAAGAUACGAAACGAUCAAACCCAAAAAGGGGACCAAAAUCACCAUUUGAAAACUUGUGGGAGUACGACGGGAAGAUAGUAUAUGAUGACAUAAUCGAAGCAGCGGAGCAUUUCGAUGACAAAUACUGCAUCGGAGCAGGAGGGUCAGGAAAAGUUUACAAAGUCGAAAUGUCAAGUGGUGAUGUAUUUGCGGUGAAGAAGCUCAACUUUUGGGACAGUGAUAUGGGGAUGGAGAACUUGAAGAGUUUCAAAAGCGAAGUAGCGACACUAACCGAGAUCCGUCAUCGAAACAUAGUUAAGCUUUAUGGAUUUUGCUCGAGAGGCGAACACACGUUUUUGGUAUACGAUUUCAUCGAAAGAGGGUGCUUAUGGGAAGUUUUGAGAAGUGAAGAGAACGCAAAAGAGGUUGAUUGGGUGAAGAGAGUUGAGAUAGUGAAGGGUGUGGCUGAGGCUUUGUGUUAUUUGCAUCAUGACUGUGUUCCAGCGAUCGUCCACCGUGACGUGACCUCGAAGAAUGUUUUGCUGGAUGUGGAUUUUGAAGCUCAUGUGGCGGAUUUUGGAACUGCAAGGUUUUUGAAGUUUGAUGCUUCGCAUUCCACUGGUGUUGUUGGCACUCAUGGCUACAUGGCACCAGAGCUCGCGUACACAAACAAAGUGACAGAAAAGUGUGACGUUUAUAGCUUUGGAGUGGUGAGUUUGGAAGUAUUGAUGGGAAGACAUCCAGGAGAAGCCCUUCUAUCUUUACAAAGUUCCCCUCAAAAGGGUAUUGAGAUGAAAGAAUUGUUGGAUUCUCGGCUUGCAUACCCUCGAAGAGGGAAGCUUUUAAGUGAAUUGAGUUCACUUGUGAGUAUAGCAAUAUCUUGUGUGCAGGCUGACCCUCAGUUACGCCCCACUAUGUAUUCUGUCUGCCAUCAGAUGGGAUUGAGAAAAAGUGCCUUCAUUAGAGAGGAGUCUGUUUGAAAGAAAAGCGUCGUUUUAGUUCGAUUCUUCAUUCAUACCGUUGUUGUAUUAAAAAAAAUUAAAAUAAUUAAAUUUACAUCAAUAAAUGCAUGAAAUAUAAUAUAUGAUUUUGCUA